UUACAGCACUUCCUUUUCCUCCGUCUCAUUACCAUCCCGCCGUCCCCCUCCCCGUCCUGCUUCCGGUGUCCCGACGUGUUGCCAUGGCCACCGUUACCUAGGCGAGCGGGGCGCUACAGGAGAAAGGAAACCUGAAACAAAGAUCUUGAUUCCACGAUAUUUAAUUCAUUAGCACGUCGAGGUUUAGUAUACAUUAUGCAAAAAAAUGGUUGAACAGUUUUGUCGCCUCAAAACUGACUUUGUCCGAGAAAAGGGCAACUUUUUGUGCGGGAAAACAAACCCGUGUAAUCCCCGUUGUGGAGCCCCCCCUUAUGUUGUCUUUGUGUCAAGUGAUCCACCUAUGGUAACCGCUCUAUGACCGUCCAUCCAUCCUGGCCUCCCCUUUUGUUCCACUCUCCUCCCACCCCCAGCAUCUGUGUGUGUUUGGGGGCGAGUCCAGUGCUGCUCUUUCAGCGUCCAAUAUAUAUAUUUCGGGUCCGUAAGCAAAGGAGGCGCUUGAUUUGAGGGUGAAACCGGGAUCUCUGAGUGAUUGGUGGACUUGUUUUGUCUUGCGUCCCAUCGAGGUUACUGGACCUGGCUGGUCACAGGCGGCUGCACGGCUACUCAAUAAUGCAUUGAGUAAAAGUGGCGGAUGUCUGACAGCGGGAGAAAGCGGGACCCGUAAAGCGGACUUUGGAUAGAACCAUGGUGAACACGGGGCUGCAACUGAUCAGCUUCACCUGCGCCGUGACGGGCUGGAUCAUGGCCAUAGCGGUGACCGCCCUGCCCCAGUGGAAGGUGUCGGCCUUCAUCGGCAGCAACAUCCUGACGUCGGAGAUCAAGUGGGAGGGCAUCUGGAUGAGCUGCGUGUACCAGACCACGGGCCACAUGCAGUGCAAGACCUACGACUCCAUGCUGGCCUUGCCGCCCGACGUCCAGGCGGCGCGCGCCCUCAUGUGCUUGGCCAUCUUCCUGGGCUGGCUCUCCUGCACCGUGUCCUGCUGCGGCAUGAAGUGCACCACCUGCGCCGGCGACGACCGCCAGGCCAAGGCGGGCAUCGCGCUCGCCGGCGGCAUCCUGUUCGUCGUGACGGGCCUGUGCGUGCUGGUGCCCGUGUCCUGGACGGCGCACACCGUGGUGCAGGAUUUCUACAACCCCAACGUGCCCGCCAUGCACAAGCGAGAGCUGGGGCAGGCCAUUUUCCUGGGCUGGGCCGCCGCCGUCAUUCUGGUGAUCAGCGGGGCGGUGCUGAGCAGCACGUGUCCCCUCGCGGAGAGGCGGGGCGGGUACCGCAGGGGCUACGUGGGCCGCAGCUUUGCUAAUUCCCCCACUUCUGCUCCCAAUUUACCCAAAACCAUCACGCCCACCAGCCUACCACUUAAAGAGUACGUGUAGGACAGGGGUCUCUUUGAUCACUCUGAUGCGGCUCAGCUGCAUACUUGCCGACACUCCGAUUU